AUGCCAGUGAUGGAGUUGAUCUUGCCCAGCAGCUUGCAGACUUUGAACUUCGGCCAGGACUUUAACAAGAAUUUGGACGGUGUCACUUUGCCAAGCAGCCUGCAGACUUUGACAUUCGGCGGCUCUUUCAACCAGAGCUUGGCAGGUGUCAGCUUGCCCAGCAGCCUGCAGACUUUGAUCUUUGGCUACGAGUUUAACGAUAGCCUCCAAGGUGUAAAUUUGCCAAGCGGCCUACAAACUUUGACCUUCGGCAGGAAGUUCAACCAGAGCCUGGAAGGUGUCACCUUGCCCAUUAGCCUGCUGGCUUUGACCUUCGGCGUGGACUUCAACCAGAGCUUGUCAGGUGCGAGCUUGCCAAGCAGCCUGCAGAUUUUGACCUUCGGCAUGAAGCUGGAAGGUGUCACCUUUCCAAGAAGGCUGCAGACUAUGAUAUUCGGCUACUCUUUUAACCAGAGCUUGGAAGGUGUCACUUUGCCAAGCAGCCUGCAGACUUUGACAUUCGGCCGCUGUUUCAACCAGAGCUUGGAAGGUGUCACCUUGCCAAGCAGCCUGCAGACUUUGACCUUUGGCAACAAGUUCAACCAGAGCUUGUCAGGUGUCACCUUGCCAAGCACUCUGCAGACUUUGACCUUCGGCUGGGAUUUCAACCAGAGCCUGGAAGGUGUCACUUUGCCAAGCACUUGA